UGACACCGGGCGUUGGCAAGGUUGCGCAAAUAAAUGCGCAGCAUAGAAUUUUGUAUGCAAAUAAGAUGUCGUUAACGCCAUCUUGAUAAGAAUUGUUUACUAUUAUUGAAUCGGGGCAUAUCGACAAAAAUAAGUGCCAUCUAAGGCACAUUUUAACGUUAUCACCUCUAUAAAGCCCCAGGAUGGCUUCCACAGAUCCUAAGUUGUCUACAAAGGAAAGAAUAGUAAAGGGUGUUCCCUUUCCACCAAGUCACAGAUUGUCAGAUAGUGAAGUGUUCGACAGUAAAGAUAAACCAAGACCAGAUGUUCUCAAACAGCAUUUUAUUUUGGAAGGAAGAUUACAGGAAGAGGUUGCACUUAAAUUAAUCAACAGAGGAGCUUCCUUGUUGAGGCAGGAAAAAACAAUGAUAGACAUAGAAGCACCAGUCACAGUUUGUGGUGAUAUACAUGGUCAGUUUUAUGACUUGAUGAAACUUUUUGAAGUGGGUGGUCCUCCUGCUACAACUCGCUACCUCUUCCUGGGAGAUUAUGUAGACAGAGGAUAUUUUAGUAUAGAGUGUGUAUUGUACUUAUGGGCUUUAAAGAUCUUAUAUCCAAGCACAUUUUUUCUGCUACGAGGAAAUCAUGAGUGUCGGCACCUUACUGAAUACUUCACAUUUAAACAAGAAUGUAAAAUAAAGUAUACAGAAAAAGUAUAUGAUGCAUGUAUGGAAGCCUUUGAUUGUUUACCAUUAUCAGCUUUAAUGAAUCAACAGUUUUUAUGUGUGCAUGGUGGAUUAUCACCAGAAGUUCAUACAUUGGAUGAUAUCAGAAAAUUGGACAGAUUUAAAGAACCUCCAGCAUUUGGUCCAAUGUGUGAUCUUUUAUGGUCAGAUCCAUUAGAAGAUUUCGGAACAGAAAAGACAACAGAGCACUUUACUCAUAAUAGUGUCAGGGGUUGCUCAUAUUUUUACAGCUAUGCAGCAUGUUGUGAUUUUUUACAGCAGAAUAAUCUAUUAUCAAUUAUACGAGCUCAUGAAGCGCAAGAUGCUGGGUACAGAAUGUAUAGAAAAAGUCAAACCACAGGCUUUCCUUCAUUAAUUACGAUAUUUUCAGCACCUAAUUAUUUAGAUGUUUAUAAUAAUAAAGCUGCCAUAUUGAAAUAUGAAAAUAAUGUGAUGAACAUCAGGCAAUUUAAUUGUUCCCCACAUCCAUACUGGUUACCCAAUUUCAUGGAUGUAUUUACCUGGUCAUUACCAUUCGUAGGAGAAAAAGUUACAGAAAUGUUAGUGAAUGUAUUGAAUAUUUGCUCAGAUGAUGAGCUUAUAAUGGCAGGAGAUGAGAUCUUAGAUGAACAGGCGAGAAAAAUAACACUUAAAGAGGUAGACAGAGAGACAAAUGGUGCAGUGGCAGCAAGAAAAGAGGUGAUUAGGAACAAAAUCAGAGCCAUUGGAAAAAUGGCUAGGGUCUUCACAGUUCUCAGAGAAGAAAGUGAAAGUGUGUUACAGCUCAAGGGACUUACUCCAAAUGGUCUUCUUCCGAUGGGAGCAUUAUCAGGAGGGAAAGAUACACUUUCUAAUGCUCUCAGUGGUUUUUCACCUACACACAAAAUCAGUGGAUUUGAAGAGGCAAAAUGUUUAGAUAAGAUGAAUGAACGAAUGCCACCUAGGCGAGAACAGUUAAAUAAUACCCACAAUAGUAGUUAAAAUCUUAUCAAGUGACAUGAAUGAGCUGGUCUCCUUACGUGAUAAUUUUAACCAUGUCCAAUGGGUCUGUCCCAAGACAUUCCUGACUAAAAGCUGGCCUAUGUAUGCAUGAUGAUUAAACUGGAAAAAGAUUGUACAUUUUGAUCUCUAGUUUGUAUAUUAUUGAAUGCAGUAUUUAUAGACUAAAAGCAAUUCAGAAACAUAACUUAAAUAUUUUAUUACUUGAAAUUUCUGCUGAAAUGUCUACACAAUUCAUAAUUUGAAUGUUCACAAACUGUAUAAAUGUUCUGUAAGUUGUUCCUUUCAAGAUCUAGUCAAUCCGUUAUAUGAAUGUUAGUGUGUGUGUGUGUUUGUUAGGCCAGCUUUUUCUUAGUAUGUCACUUUAUGGACAGCUUAACGAGAGUUCUCCACAAUGCUCAGUCCAACGCAGCUUAAAACAGAAGGCAGAAGGAAACAGCCAGUUAUUGGCAUUUGUGGACCGGCUUAUCACAGCAAGGACCUAGUAAGAAAAGACAUACUCUUGGCAAACCAUCUUAUCUCUGCCUAAUAUUGGUUGUGCUGCAAGUGAUGAGUACGCAGAAUGUUACAUUAGAACAAAUAACUUUUUUCUGAGAUUCAAAUAUUUAUUAUUAUAAUUAAUCAACGUUUUUUAUUAUUCUCCAUGGCUGUAGAUGUCCACAUCGACACUGCUUCAUAAGGAAUGUUUUAAAUCUGUUUGUUAUAUUUCCCCCUGAAGUGGAUGUCAAGUAGGAACUUGCCAGAUGAAUGUUUUGUUUUAAAUCCUCUUUAGUCAUAGUGCUAGUCCCAGUUUAUUUUCAUACUAAGUGUAAUUGUCAUCAUCUUUUUUCUGUGGCAUCUUUGUGUGCUCGGGAAUAAUUAUGUUCCAGAUAUUAAUGGAAAGAUUUUUAGACCUAUGUGUUUAUAGUUGAUGUGAUACUAAGAACAUUCAAGUUUGAAUUUUUUCCUUUGUACGUGUAUGUUUGAAUUUUGAUCAAAGUUUGAUCUAUUAUUCAUUGAUUUCAAUAUUGUUUUUUUCCCUCUGAAGCUUGACAUUUAUGAGCAGUUACAAAGAACUGUUAAACAUACUUCUAAAUAACUUUACUCUCAUAUUUAGUAAAUACCAUGGAAAUAUUAAAAAAAUAAAUUAUAUAGAAGUAUUGAAUUACUUUCAGGAAUCAGUUCAACUAUAUUUUCAGUUAUUAAUUGCAACAUCUUUCGCAUAUUUAUCGAUCGGAAAAUUAAUAACAAAAUAAGUAAUCAAAUAGUGCUAUAAAUUGAAUGUUCUUGGUACUAAAGCACCUAUUGUACUACAUACAUUUUCAAAUGGGUAAAUGUUAUUAUCUAUUGUAUGUCUACAAAAUUUCUGUGAUAAUAUCUAAUGAAAAACAUCUCAGGAUUGUAAAAUAUAAAAUAUCCUGCAGUUGUUAAUGUCUAGAGUUUUUAUGUUGCUUUUGCUUUCAUGUGUUAUAUCAGAAGUUUAGUUAGAAAUGAGACUUAAAUGUUUAGCCAACAGAGUAAUGCUGUAACUGUUUACCAUAAUUCUUACAAUACAAGUUCUUACCCUCCUAUGUAGAUUAAGCCAACAUUCCUUUCAAUUGUAAAUAAGAAUGACAAGGUUCGGGCUUGUGAUACACAAUUAUCAUUUUGAGUUUCUUCAGUUCAGAUAUAGCUAGGAAGAUACAGUAUCUGAUAUUAGAAUCUCAUACUUUAGAUGUCUGUGUUUAUAUUUGUGAGAAUAGGAGUGUUAUAUGUUAUAAUGAUAAGUUACAGAUAUUUCCUUGUGCAUAAUGAGUUCAGAGAAUGCGAGAGUAUUACAUAGAUAUAACUAAAACAAUGCUACAUGAAAUUUUUAAAGGAAGAAAAAUUCCAUCGAGGUUUGAAUUACAUCACCGAUAAAACUCAAAAUCCAUCAGAUAUCAAAUACACGUUUUAAAUUUCUAUUGAACAAAUAAGUGAUGAAUGGCUUCUAAAGCCUCCAAAGCCCAAACUUUGAAAUUUUCCCGUAGCAAUGAGUUACAACACUUCUCCAUGUUAGGGACAAUGUGUAAUUUGAUGGAGUAUUCAGGUCAAUAUUAACCAUGCACAAAUGUACAUAUCUCUUAUAUUUAAAGCUGAUACAAACUUAAUAUAUAAGAGAAAAAAUUAUAUUUAGGGGCAAGUGCAAGAUAGAUAUAGAAGAUUGUUCUUUAAACUUUUUAUGUUGUGUACAGUAUGUUGGUUCCUUUUUGUUUGUGUUGUUCAUAGGUUUAUUUUCCAGGGUUAAAUGUCUUGUUCUAGCAAACUAUUUUGUUUCUUUAUCUUAUGAAUGGCUAUAUUGUAAGUGUAUCAUACAACGUUAUAAAUUAUAUUUUCAAUUUAUUGAAAUCCAAAUGCAAGUUGAUACGUUUUAUCAUUUGUGUAUACAUGAUGGUUGUUUGAGUUUUAAUUGUGAGAGAUUUUGUGUUAUGAAUCUAUACCUAUUCCUUAUAUUUGCAGAAUCUGUAAAAAGUUGCAUUCCAUAUAUUUAUAUUUAUGUAUAAUCUUAUAUUUUCUGACGCAAAAACAGACAUAAUAAUCCUUGGUAUUUAUUAACAACUGAUACAAGUAGUGGAUUUUUAUUUGCUCCUUCAAUUUGUGAUAUGGAUGCUGGUCAGUUUAUUAUUAUAUAUAUAAUAUAUCUUAAUAUGAGAGUAGGUUUCGUAUGGUGUACUGAUAUCACAAUUACUUUUACCAAAGUAGAAAUUGCUUAACUGUCCGACAGUUUGAUUCUUUAGGCAAAAAACUGAUCAGUUGUUGAAAGAAAAAAAAUAUUUGCAUAUAAAUUAUUUUCAUUCUGUGACAUAUUUUGUUGUGGACUGAAAAAUAAUUUUUGAUAUAUAAAAUCAAGACUAGAUCAGGCCUUUGAUAGCUAACUGAAAUAUUGGUUUAUUCAAGCUAAAUUGGUUGAAGAAAAAAAAUAUAUGUAUAAACUUCUUUAUUAGAAAUAAAAAUCCCUAUUGGACAGAUCAACUGCUAUAAGAGAAUAUACAGUGAAUAGUACUAAAACUAAUGCUUUCUUGAAAUCCUGAAGACAUUUUUGAGACGAUUUCAAUAGGCAAAAAUAGAAAAGAUACGAUCAAUAAGAUGCGGACUUUCUUUUCUACAGAAGUUAUUUUCUAUGAUAGUUUAUUCUGCAUAAUUAUUGCUUAUAUUAGAACAAAAUAUAACUUUUUUAUCCGUAUUUUAGGAUGCCAAUUAUAGUGUGAUAUUAUUUUUCAUUGUAACACCAUAAAAGAUGCUGAAUCUGCAUAAUUGUACAAGAGCAUUCUUUUACAGUAAAAUUGUCAUAUUUUGAUAACAUUUUCGUUGUCUAGUUGUUCAAAUUUUGUCUUUUGAUAUGUCUGUUUAAAGAUUUCAACAAAUUAUAGUGUAUAACUUUGUUAAGUACAAGUAAUGUUAGGGCAGUCAUAUUAUAGUUAUCUAGCAUUUAUCAUAUGAGCUAGUAGUAAACAACUAUAACAGGAAGAAUGUCUUCCAUUGAAGCAGACGAAGAAGAAUCCACUACAUUUUAUCAGUGGUGAUAUUUCAGUACAGUUGGUGCACUUGUGGUCGUACAGUUUAUUUCCUGAUGUAUAAAUGGUAUUAUUAUUGAUGUUCAUUCGGAACAGUUAAUGUUCCUUUUUCAUUAAAAUGAUUUUCAAGAUUCAAAUAUGUUAAGAAGUUAUCUGUUGUUACAUGCAUUUAAAUUUUUUUCAUAAAAUUUAAAUUUUUGGAAAUUUUAGGUGUUGUUCCCUAUUAAUAGUCUUUUGCUUGAAUUUGAAAGCAUAUUGUUCCUUCACACCAUUUUCUCUACCACCAAAAUCUUUUUUUAUACUUAAUAAAAAUAAUUGCAAUAAUUUA